GUGAUCUUAUGUGCUUCAGUAUUGAAAAAAACGACGAUAUAUUCAGCUACAGAGAAAGAAAUUGCACCGAACGUCUUCCAUUUAUUUGUAAACAACACAUUGAAGCCACUAACAAAACAGACAUGGACUACCGGACAAUCACCACAGCUGUCUCGCCAAAGUCUUUUUCCAACCCAAAAACAAACGAUACUCUUGUGAUAAUAAUCAGUGUCUGCUGUGCCAUCAUAGCAGUGUGUGUUGUGUUUUGGCUUCUGCAUUGUAAAUUUCUGCGUAAGAGAUAUCUACCGCAUGCAACAUCACAUGUUCAUCACGACAGAAUUAAACAAACAAAUAAAUAUGGAGAAUCUGGAUCCAAGACGGAUUUUGAUCUACAAAAUGUGUACCAUACAAUAGUACCUGAUACCGGAAACGACCAAUUUUAUGACCAAAUUCACAAAUAAGGACCAUAAAAUGACCAACAAUAUGUUAUAGAUCUGUGAAGGUAGCCAAUUGUAAACGGAUUGAUUGAUUUAGGUAUUUAGUGUCCUUGUAAACUAAGACGUGCAACUGAAUCUAUUUAUAUAAUCAUGCCUUUUUUGGUGUAUUUUUUAUAGUUGUCUGUUUUUUAGUGUACUUGCAAAGCAAAUUCUUGCAUGGUAUCCAGCUUGUGUAUAAUAUCUGGAUUUUAAUCACAAGUUGCAAUAUGAAAAAUAAGGUAAAAUAAGAGGUAAUAAUGGUUAAGUAAAUAAUAAAAUACAAUUAAAUCAGACAUUUAUAAAGCUUGCAAUUGUUAGAUGAAAAAUUUUUUAAUCGGACUACAAAAAAGUUAUACCUAUUCGUAUUUAGUAAUAAU